AAUUUUUCAUUUCAGCACUAGCCGGCAGACUCAACAGAUAAACAAAUAAAUUGCGGUGGCUGCUUAUCACUGCCACUAUAUAUAUCUCUUCCAUUUUCAUUUCACAAAAAACAAAAAAAAAUCACUCUCUCCACUCCGUUAAUAACUAUGAAUAUGAAGGGAGCUUUGAAGAGCAAAUACGACGUCGACAAAAACACCGCCAUUUUCCCGGCUUCCGUCGCCUUCAACGCCGGCGACGUCAAACUCCGAGCUUCCGCAGCUGACUUCAAUUUCACAAAUGGCGUUAAAUUAACCGGGUUAUCCCUCGCCGUAGAGAAACCCGGUUCCUUCAGUAUCGACUACGACGUUGGCAAAAAGGAUUUUCGGUUUAUGUUUAUGAACACCGUUAGAUUUGCAGAGAAACCGUUAAAUUUGACAUACAUACAUAGCAGAGGAGAUAACAGAACAAUUUUGGACGGAACGUUUGUGUGGGACCCAUCAAACAAGGUUUCAGCGAAUCAUGUUGUUGGUUCUAGGAACUGUAAAUUGAAGUAUAGCUAUGUUCAUAAGGGUUUGACUACAAUUGAACCUAGUUAUGAUGUUGCUAAGAAUUCUUGGGAUUUUGCUGUUUCUAGAAGAGUUAAUGAUGAUAAUUCGUUGAAAGCUACGUAUCAGAGUUCAAGUAAUUUGUUAGGGUUUGAGUGGUUGAGGAAUUCUAAAACAAGUGGUUGCUUUAAGGUUACAACAUCCGUUAACUUGGCUGAGGAAAGGAAAAUUCCCAAAAUUCAUGCUGAGACCACAUUGAAUUUUGAGUUCUAGUUUUCCAUCCCAUAUUUUGUGGUCACCAUAGGGCAUAUUUUGCCUUUAAAUUAUUGUAUACUUGAAAGUGAUUUGAUCAUGUAAUGACCUACUAUGUGGCGUUGAUCGUCCAUGUUAAACUUUUCAUUUUAUUUUUUGAACUGUUCCGAUUCCGAUAUUCCGCCCAUAUUGCAGAAUCCUGUAAUUGAUUGCCUAUAAAUUCGGCACAAUCUUAUUCUCAUAAAAUUAUUCUGUCCUA